AUGUCUCAGCAGUUGCCAGCAAUGGCUGGGCGCGACGAGUAUGCACAGACAGCUGCAAAUUAUGCUCCGCUUUCAGAACAGGCAGAGCCUCUACCCCAAAGCCACACUGACAAAAUUGAUCAACCAUUGAUCUCUAGUCAUAUGGAUUCGGCUUCGAAGGCUUCGAAGGGCGGCAUGGCACUCCUCGCAUCCAAUACACUUAGUUUCUUCUGCAUCACAGCAACAAUAUAUCUUGUCUUGAGUGGUUUUUGGUGUCCAAAAGAGCUGGAAACUCGUCAGCUGUUGUCAAGUGGCAUCCAAACGCGGUUAUUGUCUAUACAAGGCUCUCGUUGGGCCAAGGAAUGCGUAGAAGGACAAGCCGGCGAUCAUAGCAGCACUGAACAUACAGAACCCGUUGCUCGUCCCAGCAGCACCCUUGCAAAGAAUGAGACUCUACCAGGAUUCUAUGGCAGUGCGUAUAAUCAAGCAGGAAGAGAAGAGGAGGAUGCAGAUCAAAGCUUGAGGGCUGAUUGGAUGAGUUCUCUCCUGGAACGCACCCCAAGUGUAGCGGAAUGUAAACGUCAGCUAAAGGCGCUCCAUCUGCAAAAAAAGGAUCGCAAAAAUCUGACAAGUGGAGAAGUAAAACUUUUAGAAAGGGCCAGAGUGGACCUGCACGACCUGCUCGUAUACAGGUUUCGCCUUGUUGCAGGCUUGCACAUGACAGCGAAUGAACGAAGACGUUUGGAAAAAGUAAGAGCCGAUCUUACCUUGAAAACUGACAAAAGUUCACUUAAAAGGCUGAAGAAGACAGUUGAAAGACUUUGCUAUCUCGAAGAGCUAGUCAAAAAAGCCAGAAGGGAUCUUUUUAUUAUCCGUGAAGUACUGGGUUUGCUGCUCCUGCACACGGAGCAGCGGACCAUUUCACUCCGUAUACUCGCGUCUCAUCGCCUGCAGAACAGAGAAAUAUCAGUUACGGCAGCAAACGCAAUCGCAAUAGCCACCCUCGUGAUGAAAGGCUCCCGGUCGUCCAAUUUGGCACUCACUGCUGAGCAGCAGAAUGCACUUCUUAACAUAGGCGAAGAAUUGCUGACGAGUUUGCAGGAAGCAGCAGCAGACCUUUCGCACCUAAUACGGGCUCCAAGCAAUAGUCAUUCAACCUUAAAGAAACGCGCGGCGAAGUAUCAUUCUCUUCAAAAGAACGCUUCCGUGUAUACUUUGCAGCUGCACAGUGUUGUGAGGGGUGUCACAGCGCAAAAGAUCCUGAGACGCCUGGAUCGGGAAAACUUGAAGCUGCGCAAAGCCUUAGAGAAGGCGGAUCAAUUGACGCAAGAGUCAUGCAUGGGGGGUGAAGGAAUAAUUUCGUCUGUGCGCUCACUACUAAGAUUGUCCCUGUUUACGAGUGGGCGAGGUUUUGAUGGUUCCAGCGAGACGCUGCACGCCAGCCAUGCAAAGCUCAGAUAG